AUGACCAUCUCGCCCAAUUUUUGUCUUGUUAGAGUUCAUGAGAAAUCAGACCGAUACGGAGUAAGCAGAAUGGAAAAAGAGCCUCAGGAUAUUAAUGCACGCCAUGGAGACGGCAAGAAAACAGUGAGCUCUGUGGGGGUUAUCCAGUCAGACCUUCUGAAAAGGGCUCCAAAGAAAUGGAUCAUUGCAGCAUUUAUUGGGCUUUACCUGCUUACGUUCAUCGAUGCAUUUGUGAAAUACUCAACUUCGACUUAUAGCGCCUAUGCCACCAGCGCCUUCAAGGGACAUUCACUCCUCAGUGCAUCUCGCGUUGUUGAAACGAUCGCUAUGCUACUGUCAUAUCCAAUCAUUGCCAAGCUGUCAGAUGUGUGUGGCCGGGCUACACUCAAACCAGGAAACUAA